AUCCAAAUGUAAUCUCGUAGUCCAACAAGAGAGUGACCCAAAGUUUAUCCAUCCUUUUAACGGCCCAAAGAGUUAGUGCAACCUCACGUCCCACCCACCCUUGGUCUCGCCCCCAAACUCCUACUCCGUAGUCCGUAUUUGACUUCCACGAGCUUCCCCUUCCGGCUCUGGUCUCCUUCCUUCCCAUUCCUCGUUGCUUACAAUCUUCCGUAGCCGCACAGGAACUCCGAAUCCGACCCUAACUGCGCCGUUCGCCGUUCGACAGCCACCAACGAGGCAGCUACUUCGUCUGACCACCAGUAGGUUCUUUUUUGAUGGACAAUGUAGUCGAUUCCUUAAACAGCAGUUACCUAGAGUUUGUUGCGGCUGCAGCCAAUGUGCUUGAAUCGAAGGAAAUCUCUGGCGGUCAGAAGACCGCAUUGACUGAUGCUGCUUUGGAAAAAUUCAAACAACGUUGGGAGUUGUUCAAAGUUGCAUGUGAUCAAGCAGAGGAAUUCGUGGAGUCGGUGAAGCAAAGAAUUGGGUCUGAGUGUUUGGUGGAUGAGGCGACUGGCUCUCUUUCUGGGCAGCCUGCCACUACGGGCGGUGUGCAGCCCAUCAGUGCGGUUCGGUUGGAGCAGAUGAGUAAAGCUGUCAGAUGGUUAGUGAUUGAGCUUCAACAUGGUUCUGGGUCAGCUGGCACAUCAUCACAACCCCACCCUUCUGCUCCAUUUGAUGCCCGGUUUUCUGAAGAUACAGCUCAAUAGGUGAUUGCAGGUUGACUGUAGGCAUGAUGGCACCACCUAUGGGUUGACGCCGCUACACAAUUGUGUAUCUUUAUUGUGAAAUAUUGCAGCAACAGCGACAAUAGGAAGCCCAAGAUGUAUUUAGUCCAAUAUUUAUCCGAAUUGUGUUCCGUUCUUAAUAGACGCAUUCAGUGUAA